AUGUCCACCUCAGCUCGCCGUUUGCAGCGGUCUGACGAACGGGAAUCCAGUCCGGACCCCCUCGACAUUAUUCCACGGGAAUCGACAUCUGGUCGUCUAAUCACUCCACCGCCAGCCACUGAGAGCGAAGGGCGAAUAGUAUCUUUCACCAAUACCCCUCGCGCCUUGAAACCCAUCAAGUAUCAUACUCAGCAAAUUAAACAAGACGCAAACAACAUGGGUCUUUGGGACAGCAUGACCGAGUCGAGCUUGCAGAGCGUCGUGUCCCCUGAAGUCUUCUUCCAGAAGUACUUGCCACCGACGCUUGCCGAAAAUCCGGAGACCAUCCGACGCAUAGUGAAGGAAGCAGCGCCAGCUCUUGCACAAGCAAAUGUAACCCUUGAACCACACAUCAAGCGUUAUGAAAAUAAAGAGGGUCGCGACGAGAACGUCAUGUCCGAACCAUUCAUUACUUACGGAAAUGUUGUUCUGGUUGCUAGUGGAGCAGGAGCCUAUCUCAAAGACACGCAUCGCACCAAACUUCCUACUCUUAAACCACACCCUCCGAACCACACUAGUCCUGAUUUUCUCAGCAGAUUGCUUGGGACGGACAACAAAAAACUGAGCUGGUAUAUCACUGAUUUAACUGGCGAGCUCAAAUGGGACAUCGAUAUCAUCACCGACGAGGGAACACUUUCAGAGAGCGAAAAAGCCGUGGCAGCCCGUGCUCAGCUAUGCAAGAGCGCGCGAAACCUCCUUAUGGCCUUGGGACGAUGUCACGUCUAUGUCCUCACCAUAUUUGCCAUUAGAUACGCCCGUAUUUUCCGUUUCGACCGCGCCGGCUUCAUAGCCACCACGAAAUUUAAUUGGCUCGAGCACGACAUCGACAUCUUUCCUCGUUUCUUCUUUCGCGUCCACAACCCUUCAACCUCGUUGAGGAUGGAUGGCCUUGACGACACCAUCACUUUCCCCGAGGACGAUACUGUCGCCAAAUUGUGGAAGGCGCUCUCUCGCCAUCCCUAUUACUCCAAGACGCUGGACGAAAAAACAGUGACAAACCAUUGUCUGCGCAUCGCCGCCGCUCGACGGGUCGGCGACCCAUUGUCAUACGAGCAGGAGCUUGUUCAUUGUCUAACAGUGGGCGAAAUUCUGUCCGUCUCUGACGGCUUGUUUGGUCGUGCGACACGAGUAUACCGCGUCAUUAUUGAGGAAGACUUGGACAAGGACGGUCCUCCCGCCGUUUAUGCGCUCAAAGACGUUUGGCGUCAAGCAUGCCGACGUCCCGAGGCAGACUUCUACGACCUCAUCGAGCACCACUGUGAGACCGCCGAACCCAGAAUUGACAUGGAUGCGAUUGGGAUGGCGCGUUGUCGCGGUAGCAUCGAUCUUUCUGACGCGACAUCCCCCUUGUUCGACAAGACUUGGGACCCUGCUCUUCACAAAACCCGCUUUGGCGUAGACAACGAAAGGCAACGCCUCCAUACUCGCACCCUCCUCACACCUGUUGGUUCGUCAAUAGAAAACUUUCCGUCGACGAAACGGGUUAUAGAAGCACUCUUGAAUGUUUCGAUACACCUCAAAAUUGCCUAUGACGCGGGAAUUAUUCAUCGCGACGUUAGCGUUGGCAAUAUUCUUUUCGUCGAAGAUACGUCCGCCGAGUCAUCAGUUGCCGGCUUUCUGGUGGACUGGGACUAUGCCGAAGUUGACAAAAGACGGUGUCAAACGAUUUAA